GUUGCAAAUUGAGUGCGAAAAUUAAUUUCUGCAUUCUAUCCGUUUGUGCUGUUGAUGUUUUUUCUUCUUCUUCAGAUAAGUAAGACUCGUGAAUGGCGCAAUUCACCUAAAGCCUGCAGUGAAUCAGACGUGUCGUCUUGUUUUAUGAAUUUGAUAAAAUGGAUAGUGUUCGACUCUCUGUCAUAGAAAGUAGUAUGUGUCACACCCACAAUUGUGAUAUUUUGAAUGACACAAAAGACGAAAUAUUGAUGGUUGACAAUGAUAAUGAAUUGGAUUGUGUUGACGAUGAAGAUGAUGACAAACGAAGCAUUUCAAGUGAGAGCACGUGCUGUGGCAAUAUAAAAACUGAAACAUUAAAACAUCUUAAUAAUGCUCAACAACAAUCGUGUGACUUUGAAAUAUGGCGACUGUUUCAGGUGGAUGAUCAUAAUAUGAAAGAUAUUCCAAAUUCAGAUGCCAUUUUAAACAUUCUAGCAUCGACCGAUUUGGAUGGAGAAGAUUUCGUAAUUGCGCCAGAUGAUGUAAACAAUGCAUUGUUGGUGUCAAUCUUGAUGGGCAGACGUAAUUUUGUACAACGAUUUUUAAAUGAUUUCAAUGCGGAUGUGAAUUGUAUGGAUAACAAAGGUCGCAGCGCGUUACAUUUGGCCUGCUCGACUGGCAAUGUGUGCAUUGUAAAAUUGUUGAUAAAUCGCGGUGCGUUAGUAAAUCGAUGGGAUCAUGCAAUGAAAAUAACGCCAUUACAUUGUGCAUGUAAUGCAUGUAGUGUCGAAUGUGUAAAAUGUUUGAUCAAUAACAAAGCCCAUGUGAAUGCAGGCAUUGAAAAACGAUCCGCUUUACAUAUUGCUGUGGAAAAAAAUUCAAUAACAUGCGUGGAAUUUUUAUUAAAAAAUGGCGCCAAUCCGAAUACACCACAAGUUUAUACAGAAACACCGUUGCAUACAGCAGCCGCAUUGGGAAAUAUUCAAUGUAUGAAAUUACUGUUGGCCUAUGGGGCUGAUGUUCGUUCACAAUUUGGUAAAAAACGAAUGACCGCACUGCAUUUGGCCGCACAAGACGAUUACACGGAUUGUGUGAAAAUGCUUUUGGAGCAUGGUGCCAAUGUAAAUGCCAAAAAUGUUGAUGGUAAAACACCAUUGCACUUGGCAUGUUUGUCACAAUGUGCCGAAACGGUGGAAAUUUUAAUUGCGAAUGGUGCCGAUGUAAAUGAAACAUAUUCCGAUGGUCGCACGGCAUUGCAUGCUGCCAUUGUCAAGGAGUCCAAAUGCUUGGAAUGCACACGGAAUCUACUUCUUGCUGAUGCAGAUGUUAAUCGAGCCGAUAACUAUGGAUACACCCCUCUGCAUAUCGCCGCACUCAAUGAAUCGAGUGCGUGUGCCUUUUUACUCAUCGAGCAUGGAGCCGAUAUAACAGCUCGAACGGGUGGUGGCAUUACCGCUCUGUCGUUUAUUGUGCGACGUACACCUGAAGUAAUACCAAAAUUUUUGUCCAAAUUUGAUGCAUCGAUUAAAGUCAACGAACAUGAAAUUGGCGACGUUGAUUGUGAAAUCAAAAUGGAUUUUCGACUAUUGGUGCCGAAUCCAAAACAUGGCGAAACCGAUUUAAUGUUGGCAUUCAUUGAAGUGGGCAAAAAGCGUAUUUUAAAGCAUCCAUUGUGUGAAACGUUUCUGUUUUUGAAAUGGCAUCGAAUCCGAAAAUUCUUUUUAUUCAGCUUACUGUAUCAUGCGCUGUUUGUUAUGCUAUUUUCCAUUUUAAUCAUUGGAGUAUAUGAGAAGGAAUGCCCUGGUAAUCAUGCUAUAUUCGGUUAUUCAGCCGAACCAGAAACUGAAAAAGACUGUGAGGCACCGUACUAUGUAAAACCAGUUGGAUAUAUUGUAAUUAUAAUGAACUUCUUAUUACUUGCGAAAGAAUUUUUUCAAAUGGCACAUGGUUUCAUGUUAUACGUUAAAUAUUGGGAAAAUUGGGUACAAAUGCUCAUUAUACUUGGUGUAUUUGUGUGCGCGACUCCGGCCACUGUACGCGAGGAUGAUUUGAAAAAAGUACCAGAUGGUCAAUAUCAUGUGGCGGCCAUUGUAAUAUUUCUGGUGUGGUUGGAAUUGAUGAUGAUUGUUGGCCGAUUUCCAAUAUUUGGCUUAUAUGUGCAAAUGUUUACCAAAGUCGCGGUCAAUUUUGCAAAAUUUCUACUCGCAUAUUGUUGCCUAUUGAUUGCAUUUGGUUUGAGUUUUGGCGUCCUAUUCAAUUCGUAUCCAGCAUUUAAAUCAAUUUAUUGGACCAUGUUGAAGACUAUAACAAUGAUGUCCGGCGAAUUAGAAUUUGAAGAUAUUUUUUACGCAAAAGACUAUCCAAUUCAAUUUCCCGUCACAUCGCAUUUAAUGUUUUUUGCUUUUGUUGUACUUGUAACAAUUAUUUUAACAAAUCUCUUAGUCGGUUUAGCUGUUAGCGAUAUACAAGCGCUACAAGAGUCGGCCGGUUUGGAUCGUCUAACGCGUCAAGUGGAAUUGAUCGCAAGAUUGGAAAGUCUUUUCUUUUCGAAAUUAUUUCGUUCGGCACCGCCGAAAAUAAUCCGAAUGUGUCAGCAAAGUGCACUCUUGCGAGCAUCACGAUAUCAUUUACAAUUCAGUUUUCGUCCAAAUGAUCCAAGAGAUCGACGUUUACCCAAAGAACUGGCAUUUAAUAUUUAUAAAUUGGUGGCCGAACGUCGUGAUCGAAAUGUGAGCAUAAAACGACGAAAGCGAGAACAAAAUAUCGCAUAUUUUGCCGAUACACUUAAUAAACAGUGUGGUGAACCAUUUAUACGAAAUCAUUGGGCAAAAGAUCGCGUUCGUAUGAAGAGUCAACGUCGACCGAACAGUGUGAAUACCAAUCAACCACAAACCAUCGAAUGUAUAUCAUCCAAUUUUAUUGAGAUUGAUAAAAAAGUAUGCGCCAUCAUAACGCAAAUUAACGAAUUAACUAAUAAAUUGGAUAAUAUACAAUCAAUUUCAAGUAAGAAGAUUGAUGACAUUUCCAAGGAGAUUGGCAUUUUGAAAGUCAAUACUCAAACACAUUAUAAAUAA